AUGUCCUCGAACGACUGGGGGAUGCUCUCUCACGUCUUCCUCGUCCUCUCCGCACUAGGAGAAGUGGCUUCCUUCUCACGAGAGCCAAUCACCCUACAUACUCAAGCAAAACGAUUCUGCGGUCCGUCGUUGGGCUUCACACUGGGAUGGAUAUACUGGCUCAAGUAUAUGAUGGUCAUUAUCAACCAAAUCACUGCAGGUGUCUUGGUACUGUCCUUUUGGACUAAUCUCGGGAUUGGGCAGAAGGCGGCGUAUAUUACGGUUUUUCUUGCUGUGAUCCUUAGCAUGAAUUACUGGAGUGGCCGCUUCCUCGGUCGCUAUGAAGUCCUUCUCUCGUCCUUUAAGAUUCUGGUAGUUUUGGGUCUUAUGAUGCUGUCACUUGUUAUCGCACUCGGAGGUGGUCCGAACCAUAAAAAGGGCUUUCAUUACUGGAGAAUGCCUGGUGCGUUUGCCAACGAGGAGGAUAGAUCCGCGUUAGGAGUGUUUCGUGCCAUUUUCAGAACGUUCCCUCCAACCACGCUAUCUUACCUGGGAACCGAACUUAUAGGAAUGGCCGUACUGCACACGCAAGAUUCCAAAAAGGCUGCAGCUCGAGCAAUUCAGCAGACAUUCUAUCGCAUCUUGGCCUUUAACCUUGUCGUUGUCACGUUGUUGGGAAUGGCGAUCCCUUACGACGAAGACAUACUAGAGUUGUCUAUCUACACCUCCAAGCGCAGAGCUAUGGCUUUUGUUGUGGCUGUUCAGGUGGCCCAUGUUACUGUGCUACCGGAUAUCCUGAAUGCUUGUAUCCUUAUAUUUGUGGUGUCGUCGGCAAGCAGGGCCCUUUGUAUGGCUACCAGGAUUAUUCGCGAGCUCUCCCUUGAGGAAAAUGCACCUCAUUUCCUUCGUCGCGUCAACAAACGAGGAGUGCCCGUCUACGCUCUAGGAGGAAAAGGCGCUAUGGAGGAGUCGAAUCAUUCCGGUAUGGUUGAUAUGAGGCGACGUCACUGGCACUCUGAUGGCGAUCGUGCUCGUAACCCUGCAGGUCUAACCUCAUCAAUAUGCCCAAGUAUCGAAUACCGGCUACGUAUGGAACGAGGCAACGCGCGAUCCAACAACUCAUGCAAUAUUGACGGCCAUACAGUAAUGUGGGCGUGGGAUCCUGGAAAACAGCACACCGAUACGAAACAUUCCAUGAAGGCGUCAAUACUCACAGACUGUAUAGCAUGUAUAUAUAUCUAUGUCGAGGAAUCAGAGAGGAGCUUCGUUGGAAAAGCCUUAGCGACAAAUGCACAAUGCGGUCUUAUAGAGCGCGCCCACUCACACUGCUUCAUGUUCCCCCUGUGA